AUGGCGCAACACACACCACCACUGCUAUUGAUUCUUCUCUUAUGUACUCUAUCUGUAAACUCGUCAUUCCAGCCUGCCCUGGUAUUAGAAAUGGCCAAGAUUCUUUUGGAAAACUAUUGCUUCCCAGAGAACCUGGUUGGGAUGCAGGAGGCCAUCCAACAAGCCAUCAACAGCGGAGAAAUCUUGCAGAUUUCUGACAGGAAGACACUGGCAGCUGUGCUUACAGUCGGAGUACAAGGGGCACUGAACGAUCCGCGGUUGACUGUGUCAUACGAACCCAAUUUCAUCCCAGUGAUGCCACAGAUACUGCCGUCUCUCCCCGUAGACCAGCUGAUCUGGCUGGUGAGAAACUCUGUCAAGCUGGAUAACCUGGACAACAACGUUGGAUAUUUGCGGAUAGAUCGGAUAAUUGGGGAGGAGACAGCGGCAAAGCUUGGCUCUCUGCUGAGGGACAAUAUCUGGGACAAAGUUGCUCAAACAUCCUCACUGAUCUUUGACCUGAGGUAUAGCACAGCUGGUGAAUUGUCUGGAGUUCCGUUUAUAAUCUCCUAUUUCUCAGACCCUGAUGCUCUCAUUCAUAUUGACACUGUGUAUGACAGGCCCUCAAACACAACCAAGGAACUAUGGACCAUGCCGUCAUUAAUAGGGGAAAAGUAUGGAAAGAAGAAAGACGUGAUUAUUUUGACCAGUAAGCAUACCGUGGGGGCUGCUGAGGCAGUGGCAUAUACAUUAAAAAACCUAAAGAGGGCCAUCAUAGUUGGGGAAAGGUCUGCUGGUGGGUCAGUUAAAGUCCAAAAAAUUAGGAUCGCUCAGUCGGCGUUCUAUAUAACAGUUCCUGUUGCAAGAUCGGUCAGCCCAAUAACAGGUCAGAGCUGGGAGGUGAGUGGUGUUUCCCCAACAGUCAACAUCAUUGCCAAGGAAGCUGUCACAAAAGCCAAGUCCCUUCUGGCUGUAAGGAGUGCCAUUCCAAAAGUUGUGCAAAGUAUCUCUGACGUAAUCGGGCGAUUCUAUGCUUUCACUGACCGAGUUCCAGCUCUUCUUCAACAUCUGCAAUCUACAGACUUAUUCUCUGUCGUAUCUGAGGAGGACCUAGCAGUCAGACUCAACCACGAUCUCCAGACUGUGUCUGAAGAUCCACGACUGAUCAUCAAAUAUAUGCAAGACAAUGCUGCCAUAUUAGAGGAGGACCCUGAGCUUUACAAUGUUCCAGAUGAUAUGAAAUUAUUAAGAGAGCUGGUUGAUACGAUGUUCACAGUGGAAAUUCUCCCACACAACACUGGCUAUCUCCGCUUUGACAAGUUUGUCAAGUUCUCUGCAGGGGAUAAACUAGAAGAGCUCAUGGCUAAAAAGGUAUGGGAGCCCCUCAAAGACACUAAUAACCUGAUUAUUGAUCUGCGCUAUAACACUGGUGGAUCCUCUACGUCUCUAGCCCUGAUACUGUCCUAUCUGCAGGAUGUUUCCCAGGAGCAUCACUUUUUCACAAUAUAUGACAGUUUUCAGAACACAACAACAGAAUAUGACUCUCUGACUCAAAUUACAGGCCCAUCCUAUGGCUCCAAACGAGGGGUUUACGUGUUGACCAGCUACUACACAGCAAGUGUCGGCGAAGAGUUUGCUUACUUGAUACAGUCCCUACAUUGUGGCACCGUCAUCGGGGAAAUUACAUCUGGUACCCUGAUGCACUCAAAGACGUUUCAAAUAGAGGGAACAAAUAUUGCCAUGACUGUCCCUUUCAUAAACUUUUUAGACAACAAUGGUGAAUGCUGGCUGGGAGGUGGUGUGGUUCCCGAUGCCAUUGUGCUUGCCGAGGAUGCUGUGCAGCAUUCUCACAAGAUUGCAGAUUUUCACAAAGGGCUCAGGUCCCUCAUAGAGAGAACUGGGGAACUGUUAGAAAAACAUUAUGCAAUCCAUGAAGUUGCACUAGAUGUCAGCAAGGUACUGUUGAGCAAAUGGGCUGAGGGAUUGUACCGGCCAGUGGUUGAUUUUGAAUCUCUGGCAUCUCAGUUGACGGCGGACUUGCAAGAAACUUCAGGGGAUCACCGCCUUCAUGUCUUUCACUGCGACGUUGAGCCUGAGUCACUUCAUGAUGUACCAAAAAUUCCUACUGCUGAAGAAGUGGGAUACAUGAUUGACGCUUUGUUUAAAACUGAGCUUCUGCCAGGCAAUGUUGGUUAUCUGAGGUUUGACAUGAUGGCAGAUGUAGAGGUAGUAAAGGCCACCGGACCUCAGCUGAUAAAAUUAGUGUGGAGCAAGAUAGUAAACACAGAUGCCCUUGUAAUUGACAUGAGGUACAACACCGGUGGAUAUUCAACAGCAAUUCCCCUUUUGUGCACGUACUUUUUUGAUGCUGAACCUUUGCGGCAUCUUUACACUGUCUUCGACCGCACCACAACCACUAUGACAGAGGUCAUGACUUUGCCUCAGGUCAUGGGUCAAAGGUAUGGGUCCUCCAAGGGCGUUUACAUCCUCACCAGCCAUAUGACAGGGUCAGCAGCUGAAGUGUUCAUCCGUACUAUGAAAGACCUGAACAGGGCCACAAUCAUUGGGGAACCAACGACUGGAGGCUCUCUAUCAAGUGGAACCUAUCAGAUUGGGGACAGUGUCCUAUAUGCUUCUGUCCCUAACCAGGUUGUGUUGAGUGCAAUCACUGGGAAAGUGUGGAGUGUUUCAGGGGUCGAGCCUCACGUGGAGGUUAACGCAGAGGAUGCCCUCGCUACCGCCAUCAAGAUCGUCAACCUCCGUGCCCAAGUUCCAGCCAUCAUUGAGGGAUCAGCGACCCUGAUUGCUGACAACUAUGCCUUUGAAGAUAUUGGCGCUGAUGUUGCAGACAAGUUGAAGGGGCUCCUGACAAAUGGCGAGUACAGCACUGUUGUCUCCAAGGAGAGUUUGGAGGCAAAGCUGUCUGCUGACCUGAAGACCCUGUCUGGGGACAAGAGCCUGAAGACUACCAGCAACACCCCAGCCCUGCCACCUAUGAAUUAUUCUCCGGAGAUGUACAUUGAGCUGAUCAAAGUCUCCUUCCACACUGACAUAUUUGAGAACAACAUUGGCUACCUGCGCUUUGAUAUGUUCGGAGACUUUGAGGAAGUCAAGGCCAUUGCCCAGAUUAUUGUUGAGCACGUCUGGAACAAAGUUGUCAACACUGAUGCUCUGAUCAUUGACCUCAGGAACAACAUUGGUGGCCCAACAACAGCCAUCUCAGGCUUCUGCUCUUACUUCUUUGAUGCCGACAAGCAAAUCGUGCUGGACAAGCUGUACGACAGACCGUCUGGCACCACCUCAGAGCUCUUGACCCUGCCUGAACUCACUGGCACAAGGUAUGGCUCCAAGAAGAGCCUGAUCAUCCUGACCAGCGGAGCAACUGCCGGUGCCGCAGAGGAGUUCGUUUACAUCAUGAAGAAGCUCGGCCGUGCUAUGAUCGUGGGAGAGACCACCGCUGGGGCCUCCCACCCACCCAAGACUUUCCGUGUUGGUGAGACCGACAUCUUCCUCAGCAUCCCCACUGUCCACUCCGACACUGCAAUUGGACCAGCCUGGGAGGGAGUUGGCAUCACACCUCACAUACCCGUCUCAGCUGAGGCCGCCCUCGGCACCGCCAAGGGCAUCUUCAACAAGCACUUUGCAGGCCAGAAGUAAACCACGUCCUGAACAAAGCCAGAGGUGUCACAGCAGUCACUUUUGCUUUGGCAGCCAAAUAGUUUAGAGAUUUAGAAUCUAGACUUGUUUAAGAAGUGAAGAAUGUAGAAUAAGUACAAAGUACAAAGUGUAAUCUGUUAUUCAUCAUCUCAAAACCUAAGCCUUGUAAGCCUGUCUGUAAUGUAGAGCAGAGUUUCAACAGAAGGAUUUACUUCUAGUUUUUAUUUCUGUUGAAUAUUACCCUGGCUGCUGAAGGUUUUGUAAAUGAAUGGCACUGAGAAGUUGAUUCUCUUGUGAAGUUGGAUAUGAAUAAGUCGGUGUCAAAGAUCAGUUGUCAAAACAUCAAAAUCAAAAAUAAAUUAAAAGUCACAUGAAAAAAAAUAGGAAACAAAUUAAGUAAACAUAUAGAUGUUUAACAAAAGUUAUGUGCUAUUCAUGUAUUAUCUUGGAUAUUUGAAAUUGGGACCUUUGUGAAGUAAUCUACUUGUUACUCUGAUCAGAAAACCAUCAUGUGAUGUCCUCAUUGUGUUUGGGAAAUUAUAUAUGUCCAUUAUGCCAUAUGGGCCUACUUGGGUUGUAUCAAUGUCAGUGGUGAGACAAUAAAAAAGACAACUGAAAUACAAAACAAAA